UGAGUGUUGCCAUUGUCUGCAGACUCUGCAUUGUAUCUCAAGUAUAGUCCUUUGAGAUGUUAAUCAAAUACCUGAUCCGACCAUCACUUGUGUCCAAAGCGUGCCAUUCAUUGGCGAGAAUAGCAGUGAAAGACAGACCACUCGUGUAUCACUGCAUACGUGCCAUCAGUUCAGUGAGUCUUCGUCGCAAUAUGGAGGAGCACGCAGUGGUUCCCGAUGUCAUCGACUCCGUGCCCCCACAUGUCCUCGAGGUGAAAUACCCGUCAAAUGUUGAGCCAAAGUCCUUUGAGAUGUUAAUCAAAUACCUGAUCCGACCAUCACUUGUGUCCAAAGCGUGCCAUUCAUUGGCGAGAAUAGCAGUGAAAGACAGACCACUCGUGUAUCACUGCAUACGUGCCAUCAGUUCAGUGAGUCUUCGUCGCAAUAUGGAGGAGCACGCAGUGGUUCCCGAUGUCAUCGACUCCGUACCCCCACAUGUCCUCGAGGUGAAAUACCCGUCAAAUGUUGAGCCAAAGUUGGGCAAUGAGUUGACACCGACUCAAGUGAAGGACAUCCCAUCGGUGGUGAAGUGGCCGACAGAUGCUCAUGCAUUGUACACACUGUGUAUGACAGACCCGGAUGCGCCCAGUCGUCAACUCCCCAAAUACAGGGAAUGGCAUCACUGGCUGGUCGUCAAUAUCCCCGAGAAUAACAUCGCUAAGGGAGAUGUGCUCUCGGAAUACGUGGGAUCAGGUCCUCCCAAAGGAACCGGACUUCACAGGUAUGUCCUGUUGGUGUAUAAACAGCCCAAUAGACUGACUCCCGAUGAGCCCAAACUAAGCAACAGAUCGGGCGAAGGACGUGGACAGUUUAAGAUCCGUAACUUCGCAAAGAAAUACAAUUUAGGUGAACCCAUAUCAGGCAACUUCUAUCAGGCCCAAUGGGAUGAUUAUGUGCCCAAACUAUACGAGCAGUUGAGUGGCGACUAAAAUGACAUACAAUUUGGUUUUAUAAGUAAAACAUGUUUUAUUAGAUAAUAAUGCGUUCAAAUAAUUUGUACCCAAAUAUAUAUAACUAAUGCAUAAAAAAUGAAUUCCAAUAAAGUAUUGGAGUUUUGUUUGAAUGAAUAAAAGUUUGAAAUUUUGUGCAACUUUUAAA